UUUCAAUUUUUUCACUGAGGAGGUUUCCUGAAAGUCGAGACGAUCUUGGAGCAAAAAUUAGAAGAGAUGCCCACAAUGAAGAGGUUAUUCUCAGCGGUCUGUUUAUGGAUCUUGUUUCUGAUUGCUACAAUUGUCUUGAUUCUGAACCAAUUAAAUGAUAGUGGUGUCUCAUCCGAACAAAAGGUUGUCGAUGAAGAAAUCAAAUUGGGGAAGAAUCCUACGACGGUGACUCACAGAGUAUACUUUGAUAUCGAAAUCGGUGGAAAGCCCUCUGGACGAGUUGUUAUUGGCCUAUUUGGAGAAACAGUCCCUAAAACCGCAGAGAAUUUUCGCGCUCUUUGCACGGGAGAGAAAGGAAUGGGGAGGAGCGGGAAGCCUCUACAUUACAAAGGAAGCAAAUUCCAUAGGAUCAUUCCCAGUUUUAUGAUGCAGGGAGGUGAUUUUACUCGUGGAGAUGGCCGAGGUGGAGAGUCAAUAUAUGGCGAAAAGUUUGCAGAUGAAAAUUUCCAAUUGAAACAUGAUGGUCCAGGUUUUGUGUCAAUGGCAAACUCUGGGGAGGACACAAACGGAUCACAGUUCUUUAUUACAACUGUUAAAACUAGCUGGUUGGAUGGGCACCAUGUUGUGUUUGGAAAAGUGGUUUCGGGCAUGGAUGUUGUGUUCAAGAUGGAAGCCGAAGGAAGUCAGGGGGAUGGAAAACCAAAGACUGAAGUUUACAUUUCAGAAAGUGGAGAACUUCCAGUAUAGUUCUGGAAACAGAGAUUGUUGAUAACAAAGGUCCUCUCUCCCUACAACUUUCUCUCUAGUGAGAUGUAGGCAUCAGCUUCACAUUAGAAUCGAUCAUUCCAAUGACAUCUAAUGUUCUCAUUCACAUUAUUUAUCAUUUCUAUACAUUGGAUUGUUAUCUUUGUAAAAUGUCAAGAUUUUCCUUCUAAAAAUGGUAGAUUGGUGUUGAAGUUUUAGCA